AUGAAAUCUUUCACAAACAGGUUGAUCGUUACUUUAUUGAUUGCUGGGUCUUGGGCUGCUGAUCUUGAUAGACGGCAAGAUGCGAGUGCUACGGCUUCCGCCGAUGUAACUACCAUCACAGGCAGUGGCCAAGGAAACGGUGGUCCUACCGAAAUAACGAAUGGCGCAAACAAUGGCCAAGGUGACACUACUACCUCAAUCACAUCGGAUAGCAAUGCCACACAAUCUUCUUCAGCACAAGCUACUUCAGCAAGCAGUGGAGCAGCUAAGGGUAUGGCGAUAGAGCUAGCUACCAUGCCAUUGUUAGCUGGCGGUGUUCUAGCAGCGGCUGCUAAUGCGGUUCUCCUUCUAUAA